UCAAAAAAAAGACAUGACAGUCUCCUACUGGGGUAAUCAAACAGUUUCUAGAUCAUUAGUCCAAUGAGUCCGUGUGAGGGAUGUUUUUUAUAUUCUUAGUUACACACUGUGAACGACCGAGACGCGGAAUUUUAUAGUUUGUGGCAUGUCAGUGCGCUCCGACUCAUAGACGAGGACAACAGUCUGUGCUGUGCUGUUUGUUUUUAUUGUACAUGCUUUCAACUACAGACUUAUGACAUUACGCAAAGAGCCGGAGCGGGGCUGCAUAUGGGCGGCAUAGGUGGCACUCUCUACCUCAGCAUGUUGAAUGGGACUGAAACGCAAACCUUUGGAAAGAACACCGACAUCGGCAGUCACAUCCACCGUGGCGGCAAGGAUCUGGCAGAGUUUAAAAUGGGGAUUCAGGACGCGAGGUUUUACUACCCGGACUCGGUUCAGAGCGGGCAGGACGCUCUGGCUCUGCCGUACCACUCGGACCAGGCGGUGGGAGGGUACGGAGCUCAGCCCGGCAAGUUUUACGCACAGACCCUCAGCAGCUGCCCGUACGGCGGCGUGCGAUCGCCCCCAAGAAGCGGAGCCGGGCAGGGUUACAUCCCGACGGCAGGAGAUGGGUUUCCCACAGGCGGAAAAGACGUGUUCUCUCCGUCUCCGGAGAAUUUCCCGGCAAGCUUUCAGCACAGUUACCAGCGGCCGCCUCUCUAUCCUUUACCUGGACUACAGGUGUGCGGAAAGACCCAGGCUCUGCUCAAUAACUUCCCGCUAUGGGCCAAGUUCCAUAGGUUCCAGACCGAGAUGAUAAUCACCAAACAGGGGAGGAGGAUGUUCCCCUUUCUGAGCUUCAACAUCAGUGUUCUGGAUCCGUCUGCCCACUAUAACGUCUAUGUGGACGUGGUUCUGGCUGAUCAUCACCACUGGAGGUACCAAGGCGGAAAGUGGGUCCAGUGUGGGAAGGCAGAGGGUAACAUGCCAGGGAACAGGAUGUACAUGCACCCAGACUCUCCCAACACAGGAACUCACUGGAUGAGACAAGAAGUGUCGUUCAGCAAGCUCAAGCUCACCAACAACAAGGGCAGCACCAACAACGUGACACAGAUGAUAGUGCUCCAGUCGCUCCAUAAGUACCAGCCUCGUCUUCACAUUGUGGAGGUGAAGGAGGACGGCUCAGAGGAUGCCUUCCUCUCAUCCAAAGCUCAGACCUUCGUUUUCCCAGAGACUCAGUUCAUUGCUGUCACUGCUUAUCAGAACGCAGAUAUCACUCAGCUGAAAAUAGACCAUAACCCCUUUGCUAAAGGUUUCCGUGACAAUUACGACACGCUGUACGCUCCCCCCGACUCUGAUCGCCUCACCCCCUCCCCUACAGAGAGCCAGCAGCUGCUGCCAGGGAGCUGCUACCCCCCGGGCUACCUCACCGAGCAAUACAUGAGCCCCCUGCCACAGAGCCGCUUCUACGGCCGCGAGCCUAUCGCUAUAGGCCCACAACACAAAGACCCAACCUCCAGCCCUGGUCCUCACAGCCGCUGGUACCUGCCUCCUCAGCAAGGUGUGGCCCCCAACCGGCUUGACCUCACUUCCUCCUAUGAAGGGGACUUCUCUGGAAAUGGUUUUUAUAAACCCUUCCCCUUGCAGACAUCCGCUCACCAUGCACUCAGCUACUACCCAGACCAUCCUUUUGCAGCUUCUAGUAUGUCUGUAUCUGGAGCCACCUCAGCAGGCUGGAGCACCAGCCGGCCCACCCCUCAGUACCUCAACCAUCCCAGUAAACCUGGCCCCAGUCUGAGCUGGUUUAGACCCUUAUCAUCCUCUUCUUCUUCCUCAUCUUCAUCUACAUCACCUGGUAACCCCAGGCUGUACCCUCCCUCGCUCCUCGAGUCUGUGCAGCUGCCCCUGCUGCAGAGCAAGCCCAAAGACACUGUGGGAGUGGUGGGAGAGGACCCCUGGCUUGAACCUCCCUCUGUAAAAUCGGCAGACUCUGCAGACUCAGGUCUGUUUGAGGGCAGCGUGGGGGACAACAAGAAGAGGAGAGUGUCCCCUUACACGUCCAGCACUGAAAACUCCCCACCUCCACGCAGUGGGGACGUCUGCGAGAAGGACAGCAACAGCGAUGCAGACUACUAUGGCUACUACACCCACUGAAGGCCUCACGCAUUGCCACAGUAGCCACAGGCGCUCCCAGCCCCUUCAUGGACAUGUAUCUGUCCAUUCGGGUUCAGGGGCUGCAGUCAAACACCAGAACCGCAUGUACUGUCACGUCACCAGAGUCAACACAGUGUGGCCAGCCUCUCUAUAAAUUCCCUUUUCAAAUAGUCACAGGAGGAACUUUCAGGGUUACUGUCAAAGUUAGUGUUGAACACAAGUGGAUGUGACGGGGCUACUGCCCAGGAGUCACAUAAACAACAGACAGACAUAAAGACCUUUGACUUAAGCCUUUAAAACAUCUUGAGAAUUGGAAGAGAAACAGCUCUUCCUAUCUGCUUGCUUGACAGAUGCCUACAGGGAUUGUCUGCUCCUUCUGCAUCAGCCACUCUGUCUUUCUUGCUCCAUCUUGUCUAUCUCCUCCUUCUUGCCCUCAACUAUUCACUCAUACCCUCACAAUAUGCUCACGUUCAUUUACCCUGAUCAUUGUGAGCAGAAAUUACACUGAACUCACACAGUCUUGUCUGUGAUCUGGGCCCAAUUCAUUUAGUGUGGCGCCCUCUAGUGGUAACAUUGGAGCAUUUCAGGCUGAUAGUGCAGAGGCCGAGCAUCUGAGGGAGCUAAUGUCAGGGGGUUAAGAGAGCUUAGCGAGCACAUGUUCUGAAGAAAGGCUACUAAUCUGCCUCAACCCUGCUAGGAAAACGUUUUUAUGUGUUUCUUUCUGUGUGUGUUGCUGUUAAAUAAAUCCAAAGCCACAGCAGAAAUAGGAAAUCUGUACAUCAAACAAAUUAGCAUUUUCUGGUUCCAGCCAUUCAAAUGUGCUUUUCAUAUACUGUAUAAUAGUAAACUAAGUAUCUGCUGGUCAGACAAAACAAGACAGAGAGAGAUAUGGAAAAAUCAUUUUAGGCUGUGGGAAAUGUUAUGACAUUUUAUAGAUAAAAUAAUGAAUCAAAUAAGUAGGGAAAUAAUUCAUUCAUUCAUUUUCUACCGCUUAAUCCCCGAACGGGGUCACGGAGCCAAUCCCAGC